AUGUCAAAUAAUCAAAAAUUACCCAGUCAAAAUACAGAUUUAACUGUAAAAGUUCGAAAAUCUUCCGAAAAGCUAUCCGAGAAUAUACACAUUGUCGCCAAUGAUCCUUCAUUGGCAUUUUAUCGUAUCCAAGAACAUGUUCGCAAAGUUCUACAACCCAUUCUUGAUAAAAGAAUUGAAGUUAUUGAGCUACAAAAGGAUCUACAAGGACAUUGUUUCGAUAUGGAAUAUGCUGUACGUUCUAUGAAGGACAUUGAAGCAUCGGGUGCAAUAUUUUCCAAUAUACAGGAUAUGGUUAAAAAUUCAAUAUUUCUAAAGCAGCAAUUGAAAUAUGAAGAAAUCAAAGGCAAGGCGGAAAAGUUAGCACAUCCCUGCCAAACUAACAGGCAACAAUGUUGCCUUUGUGAGCUUUGCUUGGUUGACUGUUGUGUGCUUAGCAUGGAGUCGUGUUACGUCUGGUGGCGUGACCAUGGGAAGUGUAGUGUCAGCGUAUUGUCAGCAAUUUUGAUUUGUUUAGUUUAA